AUGAUUCCAACUGAAGAUCACCCCGUCCUCAUCAUAGGCGCGGGUAUAAGCGGCCUACUUCUUGCGCAGAGUCUAUCACGACACGGCAUUCCCUUUCGUGUAUUCGAACGCGACACAGACCUUGAAACGCGUGGCGUAGGAUGGGGUCUCACUCUUCUCUGGACGCUGCCCGCCCUGAAAGCUCUUUUACCCAAACAUUUGUUUGAUCGCUUACCAGAAGCCUAUGUUGACCGAGAAGCUGUUACGCAAGGGCUGUCAUCGAGUUUUCCGUUCUUUGACUUGAGUACAGGAGAGCUCAAGGCUUCGGUACCUAAAGCACCAGAGGCAGAACGUGUACGAGUGACGAGGCAGGGUCUUAGAGCUCUGCUAGCCACUGGAAUUGACAUUGAGUGGAAUAUAGCUGUAGCCGGAGUUGUGUCGACAGACGACUCUGUUACUGCUUCAUUCGAGGAUGGCAGCUCAGCAACUGGGAGUUUACUCGUCGCAUGUGAUGGCAGUCACUCACGAGUGCGUCGCUCACUCUUCCCCGAGUGGAAGCUUCAAGACGUUCCUGUUCGAAUGCUAGGCAUCAAGAUGGAGCUAUCACCUGCACAGAUCAAGCCAAUUCGAGACCUUGAUCCCUAUUUCUUUCACAGCACGAACUCGAAGAAUGAUACCUUCAUAUACUUUAGUGUUCUCGAUGCCCCAGGAAAUCACAGCAAUACCGACCGCCCGUACAUUGGGCAACUCUGUAUAUCAUGGCCAUAUCACGAAGGCUUCCUGAACAGACCUUCUCCUAUCGAGAUUCCGGAUACACCGGAAGAGAAGUACAAGUUGGUUCAAGAGUUUACUUCCACCUGGGCGGAGUGCUUUCGUCCGCUUGCAUCCGCAGUCUCGUUGGACAGCGAGAUGAAAGGUCUCAAGAUACAAGACUUGACCCCUCCGAAAGACUUUCAAAGCACUGGCCCAGCUGUACUCAUGGGAGAUGCUCUUCACGCAAUGGCAAUCAAAGACCGAGGAGAGGGCGCGAACCACGUGAUAUUUGACGUCAAAGACUUUGUAGAACGAGUCAUUCCUGUUCUCAACAGUGAUGGAGAUCUAAGAACUGCGCUGGGCGAGUAUGAACGAGCGGUCAUUGCCCGAACGCGUCCAGCAGUACUGGCCUCGAGGAGAGCUUGUCUCGAUGCACAUGAAUGGAAGAGGAUUAGCAAGUUGAGCCCACUGUUGACAAAGCGCAUGCCAUAUAUAGAAUUCGAAGAGACCGAGGAGGUUGAAGCAAUGCAUAGACUAUAA